CAUCUGUCAGAGUGUCAGAUUGAAAGACUGCCUUCAAAUUGUUCCGAAAAGAAAAACGGAAACCAGAAUAAAGAUUCGGAAUUUUCCGAUAUUGGCGGCCCGUUUUAUGAUGCUAUUUUUCCUAAUCUCAGGUAGAAGGAUAUAAGAUAAAUUUUACGCUGAAUCUGCUCUUUUUUGGUUGUGAUAUCGGUCCGGAGAAUAAUAUAAUAAUCACGACAUGGAGGCUCUCAUUCCUGUGAUUAAUAAACUUCAAGAUGUUUUCAAUACUGUUGGAUCUGAUGCAAUUCAUCUGCCGCAAAUUGUAGUAUUAGGUUCUCAGAGUUCCGGAAAAAGUUCCGUCAUCGAAAGUCUUGUCGGAAAAUCCUUUCUUCCAAGGGGCACAGGUAUUGUAACUAGGAGACCUCUGAUUUUGCAGUUGGUUUAUUGUCCCAAAGAAGACAGGGAGCAUAGGAAAGCAACAGAUGGUACUAUGGAACUUGAGGACUGGGGAGUGUUUCUACACGAUAAAAACAAAAUUUUCAGAGAUUUCAAUGAAAUCAGAACUGAAAUUGAAAAUGAAACUAAUCGAAUGGCAGGCGAUAACAAAGGAAUUUGCCCAGAGCCUAUAAAUUUGAAAAUAUACUCAACAAAAGUAGUUAAUUUAACCCUUGUUGAUUUACCUGGUAUAACAAAGGUGCCUGUAGGUGAUCAACCACCAGAUAUUGAACUCCAAAUCAGGGAACUUCUUCUAAAAUAUAUAGCAAAUCCAAACUCAAUAAUUUUAGCUGUUAUAACUGCAAAUACCGAUAUGGCAACAUCUGAAAGUUUGUCCAUUGCCAAACAAGUAGAUCCUGACGGUAGAAGAACAUUGGCUGUUGUAACUAAGCUUGAUUUGAUGGAUGCAGGAACUGAUGCCCAAGAAAUCUUGUGUGGUAGAAUAAUUCCAGUGAAACUAGGCAUAAUAGGUGUUGUUAAUCGAUCUCAACAGGAUAUAAUGAACAACAAAUCGAUUAAAGACUCUCUGAAAGAUGAAGCAACUUUCUUACAAACAAAGUAUCCUACUUUAGCCACCAUAAAUGGAACUCCAUACUUAGCUAAAACUCUAAAUAGGCUUUUGAUGCACCAUAUAAGAGAUUGUCUGCCGGACUUGAAAACUAGGGUGAACUUAAGAAUGGCACAAUUUCAAUCGUUACUUAAUUCUUACGGGGAAGAUAUAUCCGAUAAGAGUAAAACGUUGUUACAAAUAAUCACAAAGUUUGCCUCUGCCUAUUGUUCAACUAUUGAAGGUACUGCUAGGAAUAUAGAGACCACAGAGCUUUGUGGAGGUGCUAGAAUAUGCUAUAUUUUCCAUGAAACAUUUGGCAGAACUUUAGAUUCCAUCCAUCCACUUGCUGGUUUGACCAAAAUGGAUAUUCUUACUGCUAUAAGGAAUGCAAAUGGGCCGAGACCUGCCCUUUUUGUGCCUGAAGUUUCCUUUGAAUUAUUGGUGAAAAGACAAAUUCGUCGGUUGGGGGAACCUUCUUUAAGAUGCGUUGAAUUAAUACAUGAAGAAAUGCAAAGGAUCAUACAACAUUGUGGCAGUGAAGUCCAGCAGGAAAUGUUGCGAUUCCCCAAGCUGUAUGAAAAAAUUGUGGAUGUGGUAACUCAACUCCUCAGAAGAAGGCUUCCGCCCACAAACUCGAUGGUAGAAAAUUUAGUUUCCAUAGAAUUAGCUUAUAUCAACACGAAACACCCGGAUUUCUCCAAGGAAAUUUCCAUGGUUCCGUCUAUGAUCAAAUCGAACGAGAGCGCACCAAAACCGACGAGACCAAAGACUAUGUAUGGCAAACUUCAACAACCAGUUCAUUUUGCUGAACCAAAACCAUUGAGUCCAAUACGUCAGAAUCCAGAGCAAGCUGAUUUUUUUGAUUACGUGUUCAAAAUGUUGCCAGUUGCUAGUUAUAAUGACCUCAUGAAUGCUGUUCAGUCGAGAUCUUCAAGUAAUCCCCAUCUGAACGAUGACGCAACGAAUUGGGUUUCUAACUUGACCCAACAAAACGGCGAGGGACAAAACGAUAUCGAUCAUUUACCAAACAACAUUGAUGCCAUCAGAAACGAGGCAGGAAAUUCCGUGCUCAGCCCUGUGAAACCCGUGAAUCUUCUCCCCUCCGUUCCGAUCAACAGUAGCGGCUACAGGAAAUUAUCGGAGAAUGAAGAACACGAUUGCGAAAUUAUAGAGAGAUUAAUCAAGACCUACUUCUAUAUCGUCCGAAAAUCAAUUCAAGACACUGUCCCGAAGGCUGUUAUGCAUUUCUUGGUCAAUUUCGUUAAGGACAACUUGCAGUCCGAGCUGGUAACUCAUCUGUACAAAGCAGACAACGCUGAUCAGCUCUUAGAUGAAUCGGAGCAUAUUGCCCAGAGAAGAAAAGAAGCAGCGGAUAUGUUGAAGGCAUUACAGAGGGCGGCCCAUAUAAUCAGUGAGAUUCGAGAGACCCACAUGUGGUAAACCAAUGUGGUAAUUGACUAGUCAGUUUAGAUUCCCAAAAAGAUUUCGUCUGUUAGGUUAAGCAAUAAAAUAUUGUUUUUACAUGUCUAUUGAUAAUUGUUGACAUAUAAUAUCAUUGUUGACGUUUCACUUCAAAAGUCUAUUGGUACGUGAAACGGAAUUUUUUAGGAGCGGCCUUGUGAGGUUCCUUCAGUUUUUGUUCUAGUUUCAAGGAAGUUGCCUAUUGUCUUCGUAAAUUCUUGACAUGCCGAUUCUUUAUGCUGUAUUCUAUUGAUGCAAUUUUUGUUACUUAUAUAAUGUUUUUUGUUAUAUAAGAUUGCUCACUAAUUUUCAGUACAAGAAGUAUUCAUUUCAUUUACAUGUAUCAAUUAUUGAACCAUUUUUUAUUUUUUCCCUUUACAAUGUAUUUGUAUGUGGUGAAAAUAUAGUGGAAGAUGAAAUA